AUGUCAGAUAUAGCAAAAGUAGAUAAGAAGACUUAUGACUACUUGAUGGAAGAACCACCAGAAAGGUGGUCACGUUCUUGUAGUCCUCGACGAAGAUAUGACAUGCUCACAACGAACAUAGUUGAGUCAAUGAAUUCUGUCCUAUUAGAAGCAAGGGAGCUUCCUAUAUUAAGAAUGAUGGAUUUCAUUCAAGUGAAGCUACAACGUUGGUUUUAUGAAAGAAGAAAUGAAGCAGAAGGAACUUUUUAUGAUGUUUCUUGUUGGGUAGAGGAGGAAUUGAAGAAAAAGAUAGAUUUAGCAUUUACUUUGAAUGUCUUCCCUGUUGAUUCAUGGAGUUCUAGAGUUGAAGAAGAAGGAAUAACUUUCUUGGUGGACUUAAACAAAAGAACAUCUAUCGAGAAGAGAAACAUCAAGAAGUCCAACUUUUGCUCGCACUGGUACUUAAAGGAAUCUUGGCUGAAAACAUAUGAAAGAAAAAUACAUCCUGUAGGACAUACUGAUUCUUGGAUUGUACCAGAGAGUGUUAAGUCACAAAUUGUUAAACCUCCAGAUUUCAAAGUGCCACCAGGUAGAAGGCAGAAGAAAAGGCAUAUUCCAGCUACCAAGUCAUCAAAAAUAACAUUCAAAUGUGAUUGUUGCAUAAGAAUUGGUCAUAAUAGAACACCUUGUAUAUAUUCUCCGGCAGUCCAUCCAUUUUCAAGGAAGCAUAGAGAAUAG